GUUCGACUAUGAUUUUCAUUUAUUCCAAAAGUUGCAAGGCCUCCCUGGUGCUUUCUCUCUCUCUCUCUCUCUCUGCAUACGACCUUGUCAGAACGUUGAAAAGCAAGGAUGUUAGUUUGAAGACUAAGACGUGCCUGACUCAACCCACGGUGGUUUUCCAUGGCCGCCUUUGCACCUGAACGUUGGGCACUGAAUAAGGAAGAGCAAAGAACUGAUGAUGCAUUUGAACUAUGGUGCAGGCAGGGAAUAUUGGAAGUCUGGACCGCCAAAAGAGGACACAGGCUGACUUGGAAGAAGUACAACCAGAAUGCUGCUUAGAGGCAACCAUGGUGAGAGUUGGCCUUAGGUAUUUGUCAGGAGAGCCCAGUCCCUGGAGAAGGACAGCGUGCUUGAUGACGUAGCAGGGCAGUGAGAAAGAGGACGGCUCUCAACAAGAUGGGCUGCCACAGCGGCUCAAACAGAGUCCUCACGAGGAUGCCACAGGACCAGGUGUUAUUUCUGUCUGUCGUCCGCAGGGGGUCGCUCUGAGUCACAGCCCAUUUGAUGGCGGCGCCAGCUGCAUGGCCCUUGACCCAAGAUUGUGGGCGUCUGCUUUAGGGAGCCACUCUGAGUCAUUCCCGCGCCCCGAGGGGGCGGUUUUGCCGACAUUGGGAAGCACUGCUAUCGCCGCAUCCCCUCCAUUUCAGAGAGAGACGUGAACAGUUCUGGGCAUCAGUUGGGAGCCACGGUUCUGGUCAGGACCGUCUGAGCCACUCCCCUGACGUCCACAUGACUUGGAGCCAGCACGGGGCGUGGGCAGUGUGCCCAGGCUGUGGGUCAUGGUCAGAGGGCCUGCCCGUCGUACUGUAGCACCUCCUUCCUGUGGCACUCCAGGGAUGCCCCAGUCCCGGCUCACGGGACGAGGAAUCGGCUACGAAAGCUCUGGUCAAUCCUGAAAUAAAACAGAAACUGUGCCGACAGUGAGGUUAGGCUCCCUGAAAACCCACUGCUGCAGAGUAGAUUUCUGACUCAGCACCCGAAUGGGACAGAGUGGCCCUGCUCCACAGGGUGCCCAGGACUGCGAGCCUUUACGGGCACAGGCAGCCCCAUCGCUGUCCCUCAGAGCGCCUGGUGUAUUUGAACUGCUUAAUCCGUGUGCCACCAGCUAUCUUACCCAUGCCACAGCACACUAAGAAUGUUGACUGCCGAUCCGUAUUUAGAGGCUGAUUCGCUAGGAUCAGGCAGGACCAGCUUGGAAACGCAUACUCGGUCCUCAAUGGAUGGAGCGUGAUUGGACACAAAGGCCCAGACAGCAAGAGAAGGCUGCUAGCUGGCUAGCUCAAUAGCCCAGCACGGAAGCCUCUGGCAAGGCCGACACACGUGUACCCCUCAGGUAUUAAAAGUUAAAAAAAAACAGGCAUGUCUUCAUCUACCAAAGACCAAGGGAAGUGGGUGGCAGGGGCCUCCUCAUGCACUGGGCACAGGGCAGCUCUCUGAAGGCACCUAACGAUUGUCAUGCUGGGAUAAUUAGUGAGAUGAUUUUAAACUCGCUCACCUGUCCACCAAACUCACCACCAUCGAGUUGAUGCCGACUCAUAGCGACCCUAUAGGACAGGGUGAGUUUCCGAUACUGUAACGCUUUACAGGGAAAGAAAGCCUCCCGUUUCUCCUAAGCAGCGACCGGUGGUUUCAAACUGCUGACUUUCAGGUGUGGCGAGCAGCCCAACGCCUACCCACUACACCACCACUCACCUGAGCGCCCGGGGCUCAGCAGAGCAGCCUCUCCAAGAGGAGUCAGGUGGCAUUUCUCAUCUUGUCCCGCUAAGAUUUAUUUUCAUCCUCGGUCUUAAAAAGGAUCUUUGUGUAAUUCUCUUAAAUUAACCACUGGUUAGCUCAUUUUACCUAAAAUGGGUGCGCCUUCCCCUUGAGGAACGAAUCAGGAGAAUCAAUUAGACAGCGAUGUGAAAAUGUCAGACAUGUUGAAAAAGUGUCUACAAAGGGGGCUUCAAUAAGUUCGUGGGAAAACAGUAUUCUUCCACAGGUUGUUUUGAAGCCCCUCCAUAUGGAAAGAGGGUAGGGGGUUGGGGGGACCAUCAAGAUAGAAUCUCUUAAGAUCUGGGAGCCUUUGACCUCUUGUAUAAAAGGCGAGUAGCUGCCUCAUUGUUACAGAGUUCGGGUAGAUCAUGAAUUUUCAAAUUCAUGUCUGCGGUGUGAUGCGUGGGUGGGUAUUAACCAUGAGUAAAAUAUUAAGAAGAUAUAUUUAACGUGCAGCCCCGCGUCGUUUUCUGCUUGGUACUGCCAAUCAUGGCGUAGUGAUCCGCUAACCACAAGGUGAGUGGUUUGAACCCACCAGCCCCUGCAAGGGAGAAAGAAUGGAGUCUGCCCUCUCCCGCAAGGAUGGACAGCCUGGAAAACCCGCAAGGGGCAGUUCUACUGCAUACUACAGGGUCGCGGUGAGUCAGAAUCGCCUCCCUGGCUGUGCGAAUGCCCCCUCCAUCCUUGGCGGUUACAGCUCAAGUCUGAAUGUUUGUGCUCCAAAGGCCACACGCUUUAUAUCAAAGCUCCCUCUCAUUUCCUUCCAGGUGGGUGGCGCUGCAGCCGAAUCCCAGGGUGCCGGGCACAGCCCCGGGACACCAAGCAUACGGUGGGUGCUCCUGAUGCGGCCCCAACGCUGCGGGCUGUCUGCUGUCAGGCAGAUGUUAACUCCAAAACCUAGACCUACCCUCGUGGGUGUCCACACAGCCGCACGCGGGCCCAAGGGAGAAAACCAGGCAAUGGUGGAGAAGCUCUCGAAGCUUUCCGUUGACGUGAGGAAAAUCCGCAGGCUCAAGGGAUGGGUCCUUGCGGAGGAGGCCACCUUCGUGGAAGAGAUCGUAAGGAUCUUACGAGAGCUCGGGGCCGACGCGGCUGCCAUCGCCAGCAUCCUGGAGCGCUGCCCGGAAGCGCUGGUCCUUAGCCCGACCGCCGUCAACACCCAGAAGGAACUCUGGCAGUCGGUCUGCAAAAGCGAAGGCGAGCUGGCUCGGUUAAUCGAGCAGUUUCCAGAAUCUUUCUUCACAGUCCAAGACCAGGAGAACCGGAAGCAGAAUGUGCAGUUCUUCCAAGAGCUGGGGCUCAAGAAUGUCAUCAUCAGCAGGUUGCUCCCCACGGCCCCCAGCGUGUUUCAGCAUCCCGUGGAGAACAAUAAGCAGGUGAUAAGCGUGCUCCAAGAGUGCUAUCGUAGUCUAGGGGGCUCCGAGGCCAACCUGAAGGUGUGGCUUCUGAAACUGUUGAGUCAGGACCCCUUUGUGCUGUUGACUCCCCCUGCCUCCGUGAAGGCCAUGCUGGACAGUCUCCAGCAGCAGGGCUUCACCGCCCUGGAAAUCCUCCAACUUCUGUCCAAGCUCAAAGGAUUCCUUUUCCAGCUCUGUCCAAGCAGCAUCCAGAACAGGAUUUCCUUCUCCAGAAAUGCCUUCCAGUGCACCGAUCAUGACCUGAGGGGGUUAGUGGUGAAAUGCCCCGCCCUGCUGUAUUACCCGGUUCCUGUUUUGGAAGAAAGGAUCCAGGGGCUGUUGAAAGAAGGGGUUUCCAUCCCUCAGAUAAGAGAGGUGCCCACGGUGCUGGAAUUGACCCCGCAGAUCAUCCAGUACAGGAUAAGGAAGCUUCAUUCUUUUGGCUACAGGAUAAAGGAUGGGCACCUGGCAACCCUAAGCGGGACCAAAAAGGAGUUUGAGGCGAACUUGGGUAAAAUCCAAAGUGCCAGCCAGCCAGCCUGGUGGAAGGCAAAUGAGUUUGGCAUGGCAGGUCCAUCUAAGGAGGAUCUAGCUCCUGGGAAGUGCCCUGAGGACUCUUGGGGGUUUUGUCCUACUGCCUGCCGCCUCAAUGAGCCUCUUACUGAAACCCCUGUGGACACUGUCAACGCUUUUAAAAACCAGUACAGUCUCAUCUGUCUAUGGGUUCACAUCGCCCGUGUGGUUGACCAGCAAGCGUCGGCCUUGCCCUCAGAAGGGACUUGCUCCGAGGUUUCGGGCCGGCUGUUGACUGACGGGCCACAGCAGGACAGGCACUCCUGCCCCUGUGGGAUGCUGGCAAAUAUCCGUUCUUGA